GAUAGCAUUUCGACCCCUUGCCAACCGAAGAAAAGAUGGUGAGGCCAACACACAUGACAUGGCCGUCUACUUAUUACGGGCCGAAAUGUUACCGUCGGCGCGGAUGUAUCCCUCGGCACAAGCCGAUAUUGUGGGUGACAAUACGGGAUGGAUGUCGUUACAUGAGAGUAAAUCGGCCGGUAGGAAUAUGCCCGGUAGCGUCUUGGGAGGCCUUCGUCCAAAAUACCACCUGCAUCUCAACCGCUGUCAGCCAGAUCCCGGAUUUGAUAUGACAGAGGCGAUUGAAGACUCCACCAUUCAUUUUUGGAACCAGUAUGUCAGCUCAGUUGUGUUGCUGGAGCUAGCUUGUCCCAUGUUUCUCGGUGACGGACUGAUGCCGUCUUGGGAGAAAAAAACUCAGAAUGAUCACAGGAGGCCUCCCGGAUGA